AUGAACUCACAGGAAUGGGCCGUAGUGGCAGGGGGCCACAGGGUACCGGCUGCGGCACUGAAUAUUCCAUCGUUUGACGCGCUGAGACUGGCGUACCAAGGAAAGGAUCAGUCUGCAUUGGACAGCGGACAAGAAUUCAGUUCGUGGCUCCCGAAGCAAGUUUUCCUGUGUGUGGGCAAGAGAUACUAUUCGGAGCAGUUCCUGACGACGUUCGGAAGGGGACUCAAGUCAGCAAUAUACGCAGCAGAUGCAUGCACGAACAAAGCGAAAUUCACAGACUAUCUUUUCCUGGAGUCACUCCUGAAGUUUGGACAGCUGUACGACGUCAUCGGGGAAGUGCAAGACAUCUCGGAACUGCUCAAAGAUCGACUCGCGAGAACUUUAGCAGAGCAAAGGGCAGAACUCGCAGAACAGAGAGCAAACAAGGCAGAAGAAUUGGCGAAGCUGCUGGCGACGGAGAAUCUCAAGCUCAAGAGAAAGGCUGCAGACAUCUCAGGAGAAGGGCUUCCGAAAGUGCAGUGUUUCGUGGAUAAGAGGGAUGCACCUUCAGAAGCAAUCGGACUCACCGCAGAAGAUCACGACCUGAUAAGGACGUUGCAACAAGUGAACUACGAGGCAGUAGUCAACUGGAAGGUGCUGGCAGAGAGCUCGGGGUUCUCCAUCAGGCAGCUCAGGGGCCUCGCCGUCUCGUUUGUCGAUCAGGCAACUGAAGCGAUUGUCUUCCAAGAGUCGGAACCGGGAAAUGCGAAGAAGAGCCACACGGGGAAGUUUGAGGUCCAAGCAGAAUCGGGGGAGAAGUACACAGAUGUUCCGGUUGAGGAGUUAUCGAUUGGAGCAGGAUCCAGAAGGGAGGGAGACCCCUUAAUCCAGCUGCUCAGGGCAAAUGGUAUGCAAGACGAACCUUUCCUCCAGCAGGGCAGAACUAGAGCGGGGAGAGGGCAAGAAGACCUGGAGCUGGAAAAUGAAAUCAGGUCGAAAGGCAGAGAAGACAGGGGCAGGUCUCAGAGCAGGCCCGGCACUAGGGCUUUUGGAGAGCGCGAGCCGCAGAGGUUCAGGACACCUGCAGAUGACUUCGGGGGAGAUUGGGACAAAGAGCCAGAAGAAGGCUUAGUCAGAGAACGGUCCCCAAUUUUCUUCGACGGGGGUAGGAGAAGGCACCCGGAAUGGCCCGGGAACAGGCCGGUGGGGGUUUUCACUCCCCAGCAGAUGCCAAGGAACUUUGUUCCGGGUUUUCCCCCGAUGCCUCCACCUCUACACAAUCAGACGGGAUUCAUGCCUAGGUUCCAGCCGCAGGGGAUGGGCCAACCGGGGGGGGUGGGGCAGGAAGGGAUCCCUCAGGCCACACCUUUUGCUCCUCCCGGUUUCAUGGGUCCCCCACCUGUGAACAUGCAGAACGUAACUUUUGGGCAAAUAAGGUCGGGCAGCAACCAACAGAGAUAG